GACCAGACACAUUUUCAAAGAUUAUUCAGAUUAAUUCUGCAAAAAUCGCCUGGGAUACAUUGGCAAAAAAGUUUCUUCAAGUUCUUGAGGAAGAUAAUUAUGUGGAUUGGAGUGUUCAAAUAAAAACCUAUUUGAUGGCCCAUGAUCUUUGGGAGAUAAUUGAAGAAACCACCGAACCUCCAAGGCAAGAAGAUGAUGAAGCUGCCUUUAAGGCUUGGAGUAAGAAGAAUUCCGUGGCCUUACAUGUAAUCCAAAUUUCAUGCGGACCAGACACAUUUUCUAAGAUUAUUCAGAUUAAUUCUGCAAAAAUCGCCUGGGAUACAUUGGCAAAAAAGUUUCUUCAAGUUCUUGAGGAAGAUAAUUAUGUGGAUUGGAGUGUUCAAAUAAAAACCUAUUUGAUGGCCCAUGAUCUUUGGAAGAUAAUUGAAGAAACCACUGAACCUCCAAGGCAAGAAGAUGAUGAAGCUGCCUUUAAGGCUUGGAGUAAGAAGAAUUCUGUGGCCUUACAUGUAAUCCAAAUUUCAUGCGGACCAGACACAUUUUCUAAUAUUAUUCAGAUUAAUUCUGCAAAAAUCGCUUGGGAUACGUUGGCUGAAAAAUAUGGCGUGCCUACAGAUGCUAACUCAGGCAGCGGCCAAAAUGGGAACGUUGACUAUGGUCAGUAUAAGGACUUAACAGAGGCUCUGAAACGUGGUGAUUGGAAUGCUACAGAGGAGUUCCUUAAGGGCCAACCGGGUGCAAAAAUCACGGAUUUAGGCGAGACGGCUCUUCACCUUGCUGUUGAAGCUGGGCAUGAGCGUAUAGUGGAGAAGUUAGUGGAUGUAAUGUCGGAGGAAGACUUGGCAACACAAACUGAGACUGGCAACACAGCUCUGGUUUAUGCAAUUAAUGCGGGAAACUACAGGAUGACUGCAUGCAUGCUUGGAAAGAACAACAACUUGGUCAGCAUUAAAGACUCGAAUUCAAUUAUUCCAGCAAAUAAGGCUUUUCACGAUGGUACUAACGGAAGAAAAGGCUGUCAACGGCGCUACACUUUGUAG